UUUUGUGCCAAAAUUUGUCAUUUGCCGGCUGCAUAGUUGCCUUUGCCUUGUUGUUGUCUCCGAUGAGCAGUAUUUAAGCGCUGCCCCCUCUUAACUCAUCUUUAUACACAUCAUAUGCUAAGAGAAAGUGACUUCAAUGCUAAUGAUCUAACUGGAUCAUUCAUCGGAAUCCGCUGAACCAAGGGAAGGAAAAGCGAAGCCAGAUUAACCUAGCCAAAAAUGCGCUCUACGUCGGCAUGGUCACCUUCUGCUAGAUUGAGUGUAAGGGAAGGGAUAUCAAUCCAACGGAGAUCAGCGGUUGUUACCAGCCCCAGAGCCCAAGUGACCGUGGCUCCAAGAAAGACCAAGACGGGAUUGCGCAUCGUCCCGGAACUACCGAAGGAAGGCAUCCCCCUGAAUGAUCUCCAUUUGCUGGAGAUCGUGGAGAGGCAGUCCAAGGCCAAUGGCUUGGCCAGGGAAGACGCCGGCAGGAGACCAGGGUUUCACCCCUUGUUCCUUGAAGAAGCCUAUGAGAGUUGUCGGAGGCUCUGCGCUGAAUACGCUAAAACGUUCUACUUAGGAACCCUGUUGAUGACUGAGGAAAGACAGAAGGCCAUCUGGGCUAUAUAUGUUUGGUGCAGGAGGACAGAUGAAUUGGUUGAUGGACCCAAUGCGACCUACAUGAGCUCCUCUGUGCUCGAUCGGUGGGAAGAAAGAUUACAAGACAUAUUUGAUGGCUGCCCCUAUGACAUGCUCGAUGCAGCACUCGCCGAUACCAUCUUCAAGUUCCCCUUAGACAUCAAGCCUUUUAGGGACAUGAUCGAGGGUAUGAGGAUGGACAUGAGAAAGUCCCGGUACAAGAACUUCCAAGAGCUCUAUAUGUACUGCUACUACGUGGCGGGAACAGUCGGUCUGAUGAGUGUCCCGGUGAUGGGAAUCGCACCUGAGUCAAUGCUCUCGUCAUGGAACAUUUACAACGCAGCACUAUACCUGGGAAUCGGGAAUCAGCUUACCAACAUUCUGAGGGAUGUUGGGGAGGAUGCUAUGAGGGGCAGAGUAUAUCUUCCCCAGGAUGAGCUAGCGCAGUUCGGGUUAUGUGACAAGAACGUGUUCUCGAGGAAGGUGACUGAAGGAUGGAGGGAGUUCAUGAAGCAGCAGAUCACUAGGGCGAGGUUCUACUUCAAUAUGGCUGAGGAAGGAGCUUCUCAACUCGAUAAAGCAAGUCGUUGGCCGGUGUGGUCGUCACUGAUACUGUACCGGAAAAUUCUGGAUGCGAUCGAGGAGAAUGACUACGAUAACUUGACAAGAAGGGCUUAUGUCGGGAGGGCUAAGAAGCUUCUCACGCUGCCCCUGGCGUACAGCAGAGCGUUCGCAGCUCAUGUGUGACGACUGUUACUCGUUCUUCGCUGUGCAGUGUAAAAAUCAGAAGUUUGAGGUUUAAAGUCAUGAAUGACUUGUUACCAGAAAAAAAAGAAAAAGAAAAAAAAAGGGUGGAAUCGACUUGAUUCUCAGUGUGUUUUUUCAAGACAAAACACGAAUGUAACAUCGGCAAUAUCGGUAUCAAUCUUCGUUAAAAA